AGAAGUCUUGUUCUUCAGUUGGUUCAGUUCCAUGGCCAAAGCUAAUAGAUUGCAAGAGGUACAUGUAUCCACAUGACAAUGUGGUGCACUGGGAUGACUCUGCUGUCAAAGAGGCAUUUGACAAUGCAAAAAAGAGGUUUUGGGCUAAGAUCAACGGCCUUCCCUGCAACAUAUCCUUGCCUGAUCCUGACAUUUACAUUGACGAUGUAGAUUGGAAUUUAAGCGUUUGCCCUGAGCUUGUUCUCGAUUCUGAAAGAGAAGCAAUGGUACUCGGCGAGGAAGAAAGAUAUGAGGAGGUUGUGAUUCUUGGUAGUUCUCUGCUCUUGAAUCAGUCAUUUUCCUGUACGGGAUGGGGGGAUGCGGAAGCAGAAAUACCAAAGCCUUCUGAUCCAAAUCCUGCUGACCAAGGUUGGGACUCAAAUCUGCAUGAAAAUCAAAGAGUGGACUCUUGGGAACAGCAUUGUGCUCCUGUUGAACAUGCAAAAGAAUGUGAGUGUCAAAAUGGUGAGAAUGAUUAUUCUUGGGGAUGGAAUCAGAGGGAGCACCAAAGUGGUGACUUGAAUAACAUGGGCAAAGGAAGAACUGGUGGGAAUGGGAAAUGGGGAACAUGGGAUGAAUAUAAUAGAAAAAGAGAAAACAUGGCAUUGUCUAAGACUUCUCCUGCAUAUCAUGGUAACGGGUAUCAGAUGAAUAGAGGAAAGAGGGGAAAUUUUACUUAUGAACGUCCCUAUGUAGACAACUUGACAAAAUACCUACUCUUGCUGCAUGAUAAAUGA